CUUCCCUCUAUUUUCUCUCUCUCCUAUUUCCUCGCUGCAAUUUUUUUUCCCUUCCAUAUCGUGGGUUCCUUCUCCAAUGGCUUCUUCAAGGAAAUGGGCAAGCUUCAUAUCCUGCAUUGCUUCUUUUAUGUAUUUCCUUCUUAUCAUCUUUCAAAUCCCUCUUUUCAGGGUACCAUGUAGAUUUGGAAUAUGCAAAACGCCUAUUGAGGUAACAUCCUCUCAGUUGAUUGCCAGUGAGCUCUUCCCUACAUGUGUAGUUAAGGUUCUUCUGUAUCCAGGGGCUAUUGCCAAUGCUAUCAUCAAAAACAGGUCUUUUCCAAGCUAUGGCAAAUUGUUAAAGUUAUAUAACCUCACCAAUGUGAGGAAGCCUCCUGCAGCAUCUGAUCUUCAGCGCCUAGAGAUUCUUGCAGGGAGCUACUUGGCUGUUGUAGGAGCAUUUAUAAGUCUCUUAAGGCACGGAAGAAUGAGCCUUUUUGGGACGAUGCUUAUAAUAUGGGGCCUUCUCAGAGAAAUCAUUAUGGUUCCCACAAAAGCUAUUCAUAUGUACCCAACAAUGAUUGUUGCUAUGGUUUGUGCCUUUUUGUCAGUUAGAAGGGAUGUGAGAAAAUUAAUCCAUAGUUGCAAAGCAAGGCGAGUCAAAAUUCUGUGAAGGCAGAUCCAGCAUGCAUACUUUGGUGGUAACAUUUUUGAGUACCUAACAUAUAGGCCCACCUUGGGAUCUUGGGAAGGAAAGAUACAACAGAACUUUCAUGGAAUAGAGAUUAUUGACAAAUCAUUUUAAACUUAUUGAGAUGUAAUUUUAGGGCAACUUUGAGAUUCUAUAGGGACUAGGGAGUUGGAUUACCUCUGUACAGUUUACUGGAGUAGAUUCAAAUAGCUUGUAACUUAAAUAGAAAUGUAUGGUUGUUUUCUCUCUCU